AAAAUGCAAACCCCCAGCUGCAUGUUGUGUGUGCAUGAAUAAAUGUAUGGAAUACCUCCUAUGCUGUGUCCAUAAUCCAUCUCCGUCUCUGUGCGACCAUCUACCUGUCCUCUCGUUUCUUUAGACCAACUUCGCGAAACGCUAGUCUUCUCUGCUCGCAGGAUGGCUGAGUUGGCCGCAGGAGCCCUCGUGGCCGAACAGGUCGUCUCAACAGGCCUCGAGGUCGGGGCCGCUGCCUCGCUUGCCAGAUCAACACAGCCUCUCAGGGCCACCUUGAGCCAGAUCACUACCUCACCUCCCUCAGAUUCCCUGCAAGCACUCGCACGCUCUCAUCAUACAGUCACUGUCAUCGGUGACAAGGCCUACAUCUUUGGCGGAGAGCACGCCGGGGGGAAGCUCUGCAGUGCCGACGUACACGUCUCAUCCAUCCCCUCAGCAACGACACCCACGGCAGCAUACAACUGCUACCAAGCACUUCCUGUCAAGGACGCCACCACAGGAGAGCUGCAGGUCCCUUCUCCCCGAAAGAACCAUGCCGCAUGCGUGAGGGGCAAGUAUCUCCUAGUCCACGGCGGCAGCGAUGAGAGCGGGGCACCGAUAGAUGAGGACGCCUGCAUCUGGACCUGGGAUUCAGAGACCUUGCGGUGGGCUAAGAUCCACGCCGCAACCCAGAUCGGGAAGACGCUCACCCCGAGGGAAGGGCAUGCCAUCUUCGUAGACGAGAAGCAAGACAUCCUAGUCCUGCACGGCGGGAGAACAGCAUCAGGGCAGACGGGAGAGACUUGGCUCUACGACUUCGACGCCGUCGCGUGGACCCAGCUGCCGUCCUCUCCAGCUCCCUUCGCCGGGGUCUCUACCUUUGUGGACGGCACGCUGUAUGGCAUCAGCACCGACUCGGAGCUCGGCGGCAUCAUACAUGUCUUGAGACUCGGGUCCAACGCUACAGAGCGUGCGAAGCCAGACGCGCUGAAAUGGGACAAGGUGGACUUUCCCACGAAUCCGCUGGCUCCAGGGCCCAAAUCACGCACCGGUGCUUCACUGCUGCCCGUGUCAACCGGGUACGGCCGCCACUAUUUGUUAUACUUGCUAGGGCGCAAAGGUGGCCAAGACGAUGGGGGUGAGCAGCAGCCGCUGUUUCGCCCUGACGUCUGGUCGCUGCAGGUCCCUUCACGAGGCUUCAGUGCCGCGGCUGUCAAGGACGCCAUCCGGGAUAAGCUCCCCGGCAGUGUGGAAUCGGGAACCUACAGCUGGGCAGAGGUGGAAAUUGUGCCGACAGAACAGCUUGAGCACGAGGGGAAAGUCCACCCCGGGCCGAGGGGUUUUUUUGGGGCGAGCCCUUGCGCCGAUGGGAAGGCUGUCGUAUUCUGGGGAGGACUCAACGCUAAGGAGGAGCAAGAGGCAGACGGCUGGAUACUAAGAAUUCUGUAAGACACGGAUCCAGUGGGGAAAGCUGCAGUCUAAGAACAAAGAGACAUUAGAGAUUAUGUAGGCAAUGAAACAGGCUUCAAGGUUG